AUGGUCAACCUCGCAGCUUCCUUCACCUCCCUCGCCUGCUGUUGGGCCCAAUUCGCUCUCCUCGGCACCGCAAAUGCCCACAGGAAUACCUCCAAACUCGCUGAAAUUGUCCCGCGCCGCGAUGUUUUGUAUGUUGGCGGCGAGUACACCAACGUGACGGACCACACCACCAACACCGUCUCCUUGGCUCUCGUCGGUCAAAUAUACGUUGAGAAGCUCUCCCCGCACCCGCCGUUGUCCCCUCGUCUCGACAAUCACCGGCCCCUGCCCAUCAUCUUCAUCGCCGGCGCCGCCCAGACUGGCACCAACUUCCUCGACACCCCCGAUGGCCGCCCCGGCUGGGCCGCAUAUUUCUUGUCCAAGGGCCACACCGUCUACCUCUCGGACCAGCCCUCGCGCGGCCGCUCCGCAUGGCGCCCCGGCGGGGAUGGUAGCUUCGGCACUAUCGGUACCCCUCAGGCCGUCGCCGACAUCUUCACCAACACGGCCCGCAACGGCAACCAGUGGCCGCAAGCCAAGCUCCACACCCAGUGGCCCGGCACCGGCCGCAUGGGUGACAAGACCUUUGAUGCCUUCUACAGGAGCCAGGUGCCACUGCAGACGAACCGCUUCAUCAGUGAGGAGCAGAACGCUCGCGCCUACGCAGCCUUGGUCGACGUAGUUGGCGAGUGCAUCGUCAUCAGCCACUCCCAGGCCGGUGCAUACGGCUGGCGCGUUGGCGACCUGCGCCCCAACCUAGUCAAGGGCAUCGUCCAGCUCGAGCCCUCCGGCCCGCCCUUCACCCUCCGACCCCCGUUCGGCAACGACCCCGCCUUCGCCUUUGGCCUCACCGACCUGCCCAUCGGCUACGACCCACCCGCCGGCCCCAAGGCCGAGCUCAUCGUCACCCGCACCGAGCCUGCCGUCGACGCCGACCAUGACGACUGUAUCAUGCAGGCUAGCCCCGUCAAGAAACUCACCAACCUUGCCCGCAUCCCCGAGCUCGUCGUCACUGGUGAGGCCUCCUUCCACGCUCCCUACGACUACUGCACCGUCGCCUACCUACGCCAGGUCGGCGUUAAUGUUGAGUAUGCCGACCUCGGCAAGGAGGGCAUCCACGGCAACGGACACAUGUUCUUCAUGGAGAAGAAUAAUAUUGACAUUGCCGAGAGGGUCUACCGAUGGCUCGAAAAGCUGUAG